UGGGCUUUGUGGGCCUUCGUUCCUUUUCUUCCCCAUCCAGGGCCAGGAUAAAAAGCCCACAAAUAUUGACCGCACUUGUCAAACUUAGACAAGUGGGAAUAUGGAUAUCUCAUAGUCAUUCACCUUUGAAAAUGUAAAUAAAUGACAAUAAUGGUAUGGUAGAACGUAGAAGUAAGUACAAGGCCUUCUUCAAAUUUCAACACAAGGCAAUUACCCUUUCCCCUCACUUUAGCUGUAACUCGGGUGAAAUCCAUGUUGCAAAUCUCAACUUUACCAGACAACGCGCCGCGCUCCGACGCCUCCAAUCCCCAAGAAGACGCUCACCGGAAUUCCCCCGUCCACCGCUGGCCUCGGGAGGAGACAAUGGCCUUGCUCAAGAUAAGGUCAGACAUGGACCUUGCUUUCAGAGAUUCAACCCCCAAAGCCCCUCUCUGGGAACAAGUCUCAAGGAAACUAGAGGAAGUAGGAUAUCAUCGUAGUGCCAAGAAGUGCAAGGAGAAAUUCGAGAACAUUUAUAAGUACCAUAGGAGGACCAAGGAAGGGCGUUGCGGCAAAUCCAACGCUGCCAAAACCUAUCGAUUUUUCGAGCAAUUGGAAGCUUUAGACCACUCACUUCCCCAGCCCGACAACAACGAUGUUCAUGUUGUUAUUCGAGAGGCACACGCGGGGGAGCACUCUAGUUCCACCACUUGGAACAACAAGAGUAGGAAGAUGAAGAUGACGCAGUUCUUGGAGGCGUUGAUGAGGGAAGUGAUAGAGAAGCAAGAGGUGCUGCAGAAGAAUUUCAUGGAGGUGUUGGACAAGUGCGAGAGGGAAAGACUGGCCAGGGAGGAAGCGUGGAAGAAGGAGGAGUUGGCAAGGAUUAAGAGAGAGCGUGAGCUUCUGGCUCAGGAAAGGUCCAUUGCUGCGGCAAAAGAUGAAGCAGUGCUUGCGUUUCUUAGAAAGUUCGCAGAAGCACAAGGCACGGUGCAGUUGCUCCACAAAAUUCAGGUUCCAAACAAGGACAUGCAACAAAAUGGGAAUGAUGUGACUCAUAUGGAUAAGCAUCAAGAAUGUGGAAAUGUUGCUGUGGGGAGUUUGGUGCAUGUGACUGCUUCAAGGUGGCCUAAGGAUGAAGUUGAGGCUUUGAUAAGGUUGAGGACACAGCUAGAGGUGCAGUCACAAGGGAAUAAUAAUAAUAAUAAUGAUAAUAAUUCUACUACUAAUAAUAAUGGGUCUAAGGGGCCUCUUUGGGAGGAGAUAUCUUUGGCAAUGAAAAGUCUUGGCUAUGAUCGCAGUGCCAAGAGAUGUAAGGAGAAAUGGGAGAACAUAAACAAGUACUUCAAGAGGAUGAAGGAGAAGAACAAGAGGAAGCCUCAGGAUUCCAAAACGUGUCCUUAUUACCACCAUCUCGAGGCUUUGUAUAGUAAAAGGCCUAAGAAGGUGGAUGAGUCUGGUGGUUGUGAUACUAAUAAUAAUAGUUCUGGGAAUGAGUUGAAGCCUGAGGAGUUGUUGUUGCAUAUCAUGGAGAGUCAAGAAGAGAGACAACAACAACAACAACAACACAUGGAUGAGUCAUCUUCUGAAGAUGCUGAGAGAGAGAACACGGAUCAGAAUGAAGAUCAAAGUGGGUAUCAGAAUCAGACGGUUGAUAAUAGUCCUGCUUCUAUAGCAAUUAUGAGUUAAUUUGAAGAGAUUCUUUAAUGCUACAACUUCUUCUCUGACAACAAAUUAAACGUGCCUUCCUUUGACUUUCCAAUCAUUUACCAGAGGGAGGAGUAGAUUCGAUUGCUUUCCUGGUUUAGAUUUAGAUAGAAUACAAAUCGAUCUCAAGGUCAAGGGUGUUCGUUUUUUGUAUGUAUCAAUGCUUCAUUACACUGUAUCUUCCAUUUUUCAUCGUUUUUUUUUUUUAAUUUUCUUUAGGGAACAUGAUACACCGAACGGAACACGCGCACAGAGAAAGAGAGAGAUGUGUCUGUCUGUAAAAAAUAAAGUUACUGGCGUGUUAUUUAAUAUUAUAAAAUUUUCCCUAGAAGUUUGUAAACCCAUGUGUGACCAGGUAGGAAAUGGUUGGAUUUGUUGGCUUCUGACAAUAAAGAAAGGCACACUGGCAUUAGUAGUGACCUGUAAUGAUAAUGAAAGUGCAUUUUUGUUUCA